AUGGCUUCACCUAAUGGUUCUUUUAAUCACUUAACCUAUUUUCUGGCUGCUGGUGCUAUUACUUUCGGAAUUGGUUUCUUUGCUUUGGCAUCAGCUUUGUGGUUCCUGAUUUGCAAAAGAAGAGAAAUAUUUCAAAAUUCCGAAUUCAAAGCGACUGAUAAAAGAUGCAGCCAAGGACCAUCAGAGGAGAAGAGUAAAUCUCAUUCUCAGUGUGUUUUUAUUUCUCGAAAUUUUCAUACAGGACUAUUUCAAUUACAGGAGGAGCAAAGAAAAAAUGAAACAGCAGAUAUAAAAGCAAGUGAAGACCACUCUGAAGAAGAAUUCUGCCUUGCAAAAAGAAAAGUGAUUUGUGACCCUUCAGAGACUAGCUCAGCAACAAAUUGCAGUGAUGUUACCUUAAGCUUACCAACAUUACCAUCUGAUUCUUACUACAGCCAAACUAUAGAAGCAGCCGAUGACUGGUUUUCUGAUGAUUCUCUAGUAAAAAAGAGAUCUCCAGCACCUUUUCUCAGGGAACCUCCAAUGGAAAAAGUAUUUUCAUACCUGUCAACCAUUUCAUUAGAAGACUGUAUUGAACAUGACUCUUUAUGAUGGUCAAAAAGAUGACAGCAUUAAGGAAAUAUUUUCAGGAAGAAAUA